CGACUGCGGCUGUGUGCGGAGCGUAGAGCGCUGAGCGUGUGUUGUGCCGUGUCCCUCCCGUUCUUGUUCAUGGAUUACGUUCAUGGAUUACCGUCGUCGCGUCUGCCCGCAACUGGCAGACGGGUGCCGUGCAGCUAAACUUGUGCAGGUCACCAACCAGCGCUGUUCAUGUUUUGGAUCAAGUUUCAGAAGUACCGUGAUAUAGCCAGGUCGCUCUUGGAACCUAGUGGCUGCGGCGGCGCGGCCAGUCAGCAAGUCUGCUGUAAGCAUGCCUUUCAUUGACGACGACCUGCUGUGGUGCCCUGACAACGACGGCAAGAUGGUGGACCUGUCACAAUGCUUGGAUUCUGGAAAUCAGCAGGAAGGAGGGGGGACUGGCCUGGGUGAGCUGUCACAGCAGGAUCUCUCAGGACUGGUAGGAGAAUUUGAGGAGGAGGUAGAUGAUGAUCUGUUCAAGCAAUUGGGAGACACAACAUUUGAGUUGGAUACAUUCUUCCCUGACUUUGUUGACAAGGAAGAAAACAACAACAAUGUGUCCCCGGGUUCUGCAGAAUCAGUCAAUUCUAGUAACGCAAACAAAAGUGCAGUUGCGCGUAAGAUGAACAUUAUUGCUGCAAACCCACUGCUUGCAGUAAGAGCUGGUGUGUCUUGUGCAGAGAAACUGUCAGCCCCUGCUCCUGCCCCCAACCCUGCCCCUGUGUCAGCCUCUGCUUCGGCUUCUGCCCCUGUGUCAGCGCCUAGCUCCAUAGCUCCUCCAGCAGGCAUACCAGCCAUCCCACCGAUUCCUCCAGCAUGCACAUAUGCUCGGGUCAAGACUGAGCUCCUACCAGGUAAAGUGGACACGGCGGAGCUGUGCCCCACGCAGUCGCCUCCGCCGGUGGUGGUGAAGCGCGAGCCGAUCACGGAGCACAAGCCGGCGUUGUUGCACGGGCUGCUCAGCCAGCAUCCGCACGCGCUUCUCACCCACAGGUCCACCUACACUGCAUCCACAGGAUCACUGCCACCGAGUCCAGCGGACUCCGGCGUCUCCGACGUUGACAGCAGCAGCAGCGGACACGCGUCCAAUGACGAGCUCAAGGCGCGGCUGCAACCCACCCCAGGUCCGGCGAGGACGCCGGAGAGCCCGGGCCCUGCCUAUGCGCAUGCGCACGCCCACGCGCACGCGCACGCACACCCGCACGGCUUCCUGGCGCCGUACUACCAGCCGGCGCACAGGCCACCGCCUCCGCCGCCACCGCACCACCACUACCCCGCAAGGAGUCCUGCGGAUGGAUAUGCUGGCUAUUUACCUGGCCCUUCGCCAGCCUACCACUCGCACCCACAGUUCGCCACCCCACCUCUGCCAUCAGCAUCGACUGUGGGAGUGACAUCAGCUAUUCCUACUUCAGUCAUACAGGCUGCGUCCUCAUCAGUGAGUGAUGAUGUCUAUAUGUUGGAGCUCAGUUUUCAAGGUCGAGGGAAGAAACGGCCCAAGAAACUUCGCACUGAGCCAGGAAGUGUCAAAAGGAAGAGCCGUGAAGGCUCCACUACGUACCUGUGGGAGUUCUUGCUCAAGUUGCUCCAAGAUCGAGAUUACUGCCCGCGCUACAUUAAGUGGACGAACAGGGAAAAGGGUGUGUUUAAGUUAGUUGACUCCAAGGCUGUAUCUCGCCUGUGGGGGCUGCACAAGAACAAGCCUGAUAUGAACUACGAAACAAUGGGGCGAGCCUUGAGGUAUUAUUACCAGAGGGGCAUCCUGGCAAAAGUUGAUGGCCAGCGACUCGUGUACCAGUUUGUUGAUGUUCCCAAGGACAUAGUGGAGAUUGACUGUACGGGAGCGUGACCAGUUGGACUGUAUAUACAGAGUAACUUAAUGUGAUUCGGAAUUAUUUUUCUGCUGGACAUCUUCUGUGAUGAUAUGCAGGAUAGCUACAAAUAUUUUCAGUGAAUGAAAAGUGAGGAAUUGUUUGUAAUUAUUUUUGAAAAGAUCUCAGGAACAGUGCUGGUGGUGUAAAGUACCCUAUUUUUAUAAGUGUUUGGUGCAGGGAGUCACCUUUGGUUAGGACAGUAAUGCUGUCACCCAAGAAGAGGUCCAAUUGUACUCCAAGAUUAAUUUAUGAAGCUCUUUGUUCAGCAUCUCUGAGAGAUAUGUUACCUUCACUCCAUACUCUGCAGUGAAGUGAAAUAUGGCAUGCAAUGGCAUACUCAUGAAACUCUUUAAGAACUGUAAAAUAUAAAGAUACGUUAAACAACAUCUUAUUAUGUUCAUAAUCACACAAAUAACAAUUCACAUGAACCUUCAUUUGUGAUUUUUAAAUAAAUGUUAAUGACAGACUGAAGCAUAACUAUGUGCAUGUAUUUUGAAUAGAUUUUAAAAAAUCUAAAAAGAAAGUCUGCUGUCUGUGUGUGUGCAACCUCUGCUUAUUGUGUGCAACAGACUAAGUACUGCUGUGUAAAAUAUUUAUUUGUAUAGUCUCAGCAGCUGUGGGGCUUAUGUGUAAACUGUCAUGAUUUUGAAACUCAUCUGUGUGCUGUACAUAUAAAUGUAUAUCUUCACGAUUCAAUUGCACAGUGGUUCUGCAGGCAACCAGUAUACAAUGACAAGUAUUAUUGUGUAAUAUGCAGCCUUUCAGGACAUGACUAUAAUAUUAGAGCUUUUGUACUUAAAUUUCUUCUUCAUUUUUUGAGAGCACUCGUUCCAUGCUGCAUAAUAUCAGUUUCCUCAGACUAGAUGACUUUCACAUAUUUGAAAUAAUAUUUAAAAAUUGAUGUCAUAAUCAUUUCUAAUUUAUUCCUUCAUACUGAAAAUAAAUGUGGAACAAUAUUAAAUGUGUCUGUGUUUCAUCUGUGUUAAAUGCAUAGUAUAAUGAAUGGUAAUAAAUACAUCUUUUUAAUUCAUGUGCUGUCUGAAAUAUUUAAAAACUCUGUCUUUAUAGUAAUUUGAUGUCUUUUUCUGAAACUACAUGUUCGGUGUUGUAUCAAAAGAUUGUGUGAUGUGAAGAAUGUAUCAAUUAGAUGUGUAUUUAACAGUUUACAGUAGUACUGUUAUACAAAUAUUUUAAAACUUGUUCAACACAUGUUUUGGCUGUUUAAGGUUUUUGGACAGUACGUUUCAGUGUUACAUCAGUUUGAAAUUGCUUAAAGGGUCUGAGGGGAAAUGGCAGAGCUGAUUGCUAUUGCUGUACAGUUUGAUACUCAUAAGUGCAGCUGUCUCCUGGUGUGGAGAAAGUCUUCUGAGAGAAAUGAGUUAACUCAGUGUUUGAUUCUCCACUGAUUAAUACAGUCUAAUAGAACAUAUUUAAUUUCAGCUAGAUUUGGUAUGUGUCAUAAGCUUUAUUGCCAAGACAUGGAAUGUCAGUACGUGCCCCGUAACUUUUUGUUCCUUUAACAUUUUCCAUAAUUUGCAAUAUGAUCUAUUUAAGAAAACUGACGUAUUUUCUUUGUUGUUGUUCUUUGUUUUCCUUUUUUAACAUAUAUGCCAAUAUGAUGGUUCAAACACAUCAUAAAUCAUAAUUAAUACCCGGUGUUUUGUAGAAUUAAGUCUCACUGUGUAUGUUUCUUACUGAAAUUUUAAAAGAUGCAAGGAGUGGAUAAAAGUCUUCACAGGAAAAAUUAUUUUGCAUAGUUCCUUUUAGCAAGCACAUGUAUACUGUUACAUGUGAAAAUAUUCAGGACAUUUCUAGUUUUGAAUACAAAUAUCACUAAUAUUCUAAAUGAAAAAGAUCAAAAUGGAAACUACAAACCAGAAUAAAGAUGGAUAAAAAGAGUGUCAGUAAUCAUUAUUGUAUUAACGGAAAUCUUACACAGUCUACAAGGUAACCAAAGCUGAGUUGAGAAAGCAAUGAGAGUCAUCUUAAGUUACACACAAUCUUGUUUAAGGGGAAGCAAAAUACAGAAUGUGAAAACAAAAUUACAUGUCUCUUCUUUAAAUUACUUGUGUUGUAUAAGGCUAGGGGUUCUGAACCACUAGUUUUGGCUCUCUCUUGCCAACCAAACUACUUUUCACAUCUUAGCUUCAAAAGAGUUUUUUUGCUUUGCCAAGUUCAGAAAUAUGUGGUAACAGUCCUCCCCUCUCUGUUUCUCCCAUCUGAUAGAAAAUUUCCCCACUAAACUAUAUCUUCUUUUAUCCAUUUUUGUAAAUGGUUUGUAGUUCUGGUAAAUACUCUGCUGUGUCAGAGGGUGUGCAAUGAAACUGAUCAUUGUUAGAUUGUGAAUACAGCAGUGAUAAAAUAUUUGCUCAGUAUCCUGUACGUCCACUCCUUUAUUGCCAGUGGCAAGUGACUGACUGCGAUACUAGUGUAAUGUUAAUAGGCCAGAGCAGUUUCUUUUCUAAAUUGCACUGUUGCAGUUUUUUGAUUUUAUAUUUUUCAUGGAAUUCAGAAUCUCUGUGGGAUCUAAAUUUGCGUCCAUUGAAAUUGUGAUGUUUUGGAAAUGAAACUUCAUUCUAACUUCCAACAUUAUCUCUCUCAUAUAUUGAUAAUGAAUUAAAAUGCAUAUUUUAUUUGGACUGUCCAAGAGCUAAUAAUUUCACACACUACCCAGCGCACUUGGGAAUAUAUAAAAAGUCAGUGUUACAAAAUAGCAAAUUGUUUCUCAGCUCUUCUUGUCAUACACUGUAUAUGAUAUCCUUACAAUGUUCCUGUAUUCUUAAUUCUUAUUUUGUAAGGAUUUGAAGACAGAGACAUUGUAGCAAAUUUUCUAAAGAUCUGAAAAUUCCCAUAAGUGAAGCUGUUGUGGUAUGGGCAUUUUUUUUCUCUCCAGCACAUAAAGAAAAGAUUAGAUAUCCUGAAAGAAUAUCUGAUAUACUACUGCAUGAUGAGAGACGUAAUAUGUACAAAGGAUUAUCAUAAUUAAUAAAUGUUUGGUGAUAUUUUCUUAUACAUUUGUGCAUUGUAAAUAAAGUUACAGAUUUGCAACAAAUGCAUCUUUAUGUGAAAUGUAGAAUGUAUUCUAUAAUAUAUAAAUAUAUAUAUAUAUAAAUAUAUAUAUGUAUGUUGUACUCAAGUUACGGAGUUUAAAUGGAGACUUUUACAUAAAGUGAAAUAAAUGUUUUACCAGACAAUG